GUGUAUAUAUAUGUAUAUAUUACUCGGAGAAUUAAACUUCAUGUGUCCGAUGGCUUGAGUCCAUAAUAAUCAACAGUCUCGUGGAUAUAAAACCCGUGGACAAAUACAGCCGAAGUAAUUUGGGAGAUUUCUCCUUUAUCGCCUCUUUGAAGGAUAAACACUGAAUCAAGAUUUGACGCUGAAUGGAUUUUUAUGCUCUUCCCUACUAUUUUGGUUUUCGCAUGAUAAGAGUCUCGCAGCAACAUCACGCGGUGUGAACCAUCUUCCGUGUGCCAUUUUACAGGAUUUUACUGUGACACCUGUGACUUCGUAAGUGUCAGAUUUUUUUCCUUCUGUCUGAAAGCAUUGAGGUGUUUCUCCUGGACUGAUGGCGUCUUCUGCACCUUCUUCCUCGGCUGGUGAUAUGGACCCAAACACGGCUAAUUUACGACAACCUGCCACAACCUCGGACGCGUGGUACGGGGUUGCGCAUGGAUGCACGAGGAAACUGGGCAUGAAGAUAUGUGGUUUCCUGCAGAAGAACAACAGUUUGGAUGAGAAGAGUCGUAUGGUGGGCGCCUUCAAGGAGAGCGCCAAGAACCAGAUGUCGUGCGACAACAAUGAGCGCUUCACGCGCGACGAGACAGACUUCUCCAACCUGUUCGCGCGAGAUCUACUGCCCGCUAAAAAUGGCGAGGAGCCCACAAUCCAGUUUCUUCUUGAAGUGGUGGAGAUCCUCACCAAUUACGUGCGCAAGACCUUUGACAGAUCCACCAAAGUGCUGGACUUCCAUCAUCCUCACCAGCUGCUGGAGGGUAUGGAGGGCUUCAACCUGGAGCUGUCUGACCAGCCCGAAUCCUUGGAGCAGAUCCUGGUGGAUUGCAGAGACACACUGAAAUAUGGGGUCAGAACAGGUCAUCCUAGAUUCUUCAACCAGCUCUCCUCCGGUCUGGACAUCAUUGGUCUGGCUGGAGAAUGGCUGACCUCCACUGCCAACACCAACAUGUUCACUUAUGAGAUCGCGCCUGUGUUCGUCCUGAUGGAGCAGCUCACACUCAAGAAGAUGAGGGAGAUCAUCGGCUGGCCCAACGGAGAUGGAGACGCACUCUUCUCACCUGGUGGUGCCAUAUCAAACAUGUACAGUGUGAUGGUUGCGCGGUAUAAGUAUUUCCCCGAAGUCAAAACCAAAGGCAUGUCUGCGGCUCCACGACUCGUGCUGUUCACAUCUGAACACAGUCAUUAUUCAAUCAAAAAGGCAGGAGCUGUUCUUGGAUUUGGCAAAGAAAACGUCAUUCUCCUGAAGACAGAUGAGAGGGGGCGUGUCAUACCUGCUGACUUAGAGGCUAAAGUCAUUGAUGCCAAACAGAAGGGAUAUGUGCCACUGUUUGUGAACGCCACGGCUGGUACUACGGUAUAUGGAGCGUUUGAUCCGAUCAAUGACAUUGCCGACAUCUGUGAGAAGUACAACUUGUGGUUACAUGUGGAUGGUGCGUGGGGCGGAGGACUGCUGAUGUCCAGAAAGCACCGUCACAAGCUGAGCGGCAUUGAGAGGGCAAACUCCGUCACAUGGAACCCUCAUAAGAUGAUGGGUGUGCCUUUACAAUGUUCAGCCAUCCUGGUCAGAGAGAAGGGCAUUCUCCAGGGCUGCAACUCCAUGUGUGCAGGUUACCUCUUCCAGCCAGACAAACAGUACGACGUGACCUACGACACCGGAGACAAGGCCAUCCAGUGUGGCAGACAUGUGGACAUCUUUAAAUUCUGGCUCAUGUGGAAGGCCAAGGGCACGAUUGGGUUCGAGCAGCACAUUGACAGAUGUCUGGAGCUUUCUGAAUAUCUCUACAAUAAAAUCAAGAACCGUGAGGGAUAUGAAAUGGUCUUUGAGGGCCAGCCGCAGCACACAAAUGUUUGCUUCUGGUAUAUUCCGCCCAGUCUGCGCGGCAUGCCGAAUGGAGACGAGCGAAGGGAGAAGCUGCACAGGGUGGCGCCAAAAAUCAAAGCAAUGAUGAUGGAGUGCGGCACCACCAUGGUGGGCUACCAGCCACAGGGAGACAAAGUCAACUUCUUCCGAAUGGUGGUUUCCAAUCACGCCGUCACCAAGUCGGACAUCGAUUUCCUCAUCGAUGAGAUCGAGCGGCUCGGUCAGGAUCUGUAAAACGUCUAUAAUAGAGGCUCAGUGGUCGUCAACGCGUUUAAUGGCUAUGUUUCGACGUUGUGUAGUUCUGUCCUUUCUUCUCAAUGUCUUUAGAUCUUUAUAUUACAGAUUGCAUAGCCUGCAUAGCUACACAGUCACCUUACGACAUAUAGUUGAAGAAUCUAUUGGGAUAACAGCCGGUGCUUCGGUAUGUAAAUACUAUAUAUGAAGCCGAGCAAAAGCGCAACACCCUUUUAACGAAGCCCCUUUCGGUGUAAUAGUGGGGUCUGUGUUUAAACCAGUGGUGGAUCUGUAUUUAAGUGUUGUGUUUUUAGAUCUUCCCUUGUAGUAGGUCUUGUAAAGUGUUUAAUCAGCACCUUUGUGAGGUGAAACAUAAGUAUUCAAUUUUAAGUUUGAAAUAUUCUACUGAUAUAGAUAUUAAAACAAAGACCUUUAUUAUAUCGUGAGCCAAACAGUCUCUCUCAUUUGUAAUGGUUCUUCAUUUGUAUUGAAAGACGAGUUAUAUAUAUAUAUAUAAAUAUAUAAUCAAAUAAAUUUAGGCUAAUGUUUAAUGGUCCA